AUGGAUUUCGACUCCACGGAGGACGUGGGCGUGGCGAACCUGCAGGAGCUGAGCGACGCGGAUUUGGCGGCGCUCGUGGGCGCGGCUGGGGCGACGGUGCCGCAGAUGAUUGACGACGCCGCGUUCGCAUCGCUGCGAGAAGAGCAAGAGAAGGAAAGAAUGGCGAAUACGGCGGGGGAGUGCAUCACGGAUGGACAGAGAGAGUACGCGGCUGGGGACUACGAGAAGGCGUUGGCCACGUUUGCGCGCGCGGCGACGCUCGCGGGAAGCGGACCGGUACGGUAUCGGAAAUCCGUAGUCGCCCCAGCGGGGCCGAGCGCCGGGUUCAAACCAAGAGAGCUGAGUGCUGGAGAAGAAAUUGCGAUUCGAUACAACACGGCGUGCUGUCACGCAAAACUCGGUAAUGUGAGCGAAGGGCUGGCGUCGUUGAAUGCGGCACUCGAACGCGGAUACGACGAGUACCCGGCUAUACGCAAGGACGAGGACAUCUCUAUUCUGCGGCAGGAUCCAAGAUUCGAGAGAAUAAUGGCGCGUUUCGAGCCGCAAAGUGCAGUUGGAAAGAUUUUCGAUGCGUUCAACGGACCGAAGCGCGGUGUAUCGCUCCUCGAUGGUAUCAAAGACAUUUUCAGCAAGUAG